AACCACAGUACUCUUCAAGUUCAAAGCGAACGGCUGCCUGUCGUCCAAAAAUUGGUUCUCUAAUGGAGCCAUAAAUAUCCAAACCCCCAAAAUCCCCAUCCGGAAAUGGAAAUGGUUGCUAAAACCCUAAUCUCAUUCCCAAUUUUCGCGCCACCACUUCCAUCCCCCCACCACCACCGCCGCCCCGACACCGCCGUGGGCUUUUCGAGGUGGAACAACGCUAACGCCGAGAAGUUCAACCGGCAGGAGCGCACCCAGAAGGAAAUCGAAGACGAAAUCCGCUUCCAGAAGCGGCACAACGCCGCCUUCAACAUCAUCAGUAAUUACAAUCCUGCCCCUCCUUCCCCCGUCUCCGACGCCUUCAAAUCCAUCGGAACCCCAUCUGCUCCCUCCAAGCCUUCAAUUCCGGGUAAGAAAUCGAAAUACUCGAAACCUCCCAAGAAUCCCGAGCCUUCACACCCGGCCUUUCAGCCGGUUGUUCGGCUCAGAAAGAUCCCAAAAAGGGGCGAUAAAUCGAAUAUCUAUAGUGACAAUGAUGGGGAUAAGGUCGAAGAUGAAUCCCAAGAGUGUAGUACUAAUAUCAACGUCGAUGAAAAUGGUAUCACGUAUGAAUUCCCUGAAGCUCCAUUUGUGUACCAGUAUAGUUACACUGAGACACCAAAGGUGAAACCUUUGAAGCUCAGGGAGCCAUUGGUAAUGCCAUUUGAGCCUCAAACUAUGGCAAGGCCAUGGACCGGGCGAAAGCCCCUUCCUCCGAGCAAGAAGAAGUUGCCGGAAUUUGAUUCGUUUAAGCUGCCACCGCCCCAUAAGAAGGGAGUGAAGCCGGUCCAAGCUCCGGGUCCUUUCUUGGCAGGGUCUGGACCAAAGUAUGUGAAGUCCAGAGAAGAUAUUUUGGGGGAGCCUUUGAGCAAGGAGGAAAUUGAGGAACUCAUUAGUAGCUGCAAUAAAACACAACGACAACUGAAUAUGGGAAGAGAUGGCCUGACCCAUAACAUGUUAGAGAAUAUCCACGCUCAUUGGAAGCGAAGGAGGGUGUGCAAAAUAAAAUGCAAGGGGGUUUGUACCGUAGACAUGGAUAAUGUGCGAGAAAAACUGGAGGAAAAGACGGGUGGCAAGAUCAUAUACAAUAAAGGUGGUGUGAUUUACCUUUUCCGUGGUCGAAACUACAACUACAGAACACGCCCGCGGUUCCCUCUUAUGUUGUGGCGUCCCGUUACUCCUGUAUACCCUAAGUUAGUACAACGAGUCCCUGAAGGUCUGACAUUAGAGGAGGUGACUGAAAUGCGUAAAAAGGGACGCAGUUUAUUGCCAAUUUGCAAGCUUGCAAAAAACGGUGUAUAUUGUACUCUUGCAAAGAAUGUAAGAGAAGCAUUUGAUGCUUGCGAACUGGUUCGAAUCAACUGCCAAGGAUUGAACCCAAGUGACUACCGGAAGAUAGGUGCAAAACUUAUGGAUCUUAUUCCAUGUGUUUUAAUCUCGUUUGAGCAAGAACACAUACUCAUGUGGAGGGGACGAGAGUGGAAAUCCUCUAUACCUGAAGUCAAAGACAAACCAAAUAGAGGAAUGGAAACUGUAGCUAAUAAUGCAGUUUUGGAGGGCCAAGAAUCUUCAUCGCCAUCUUGUAUUCCCAGCUUAUCGGUUACAGACACAAGCUCCGACCAUCCGAGUGAAAGUACCUCUUUGACGGGCAGUGAGGAUGCAAAAAUAGGUAGAAGUGAUGAUGGGAAAGCAGAAGAACUCGAGGAUCACAAGUCUGAAUCAAACGUUAUAACAUCUGUGGCGGCUUCAACUUUGGAGCGUGUUAGUGAAAACGAGAGAAUACUUGAGAGCUCACUUCUGCCCGAGGAGGAAGAGAUGGGAAUCACUAGUGAUGACGAGCAGCAAUCAGAAGCUCUAUCUCGGGCCCCAUUGAACGAGGAGAAGCAGCAAGCUGAAUCAGAAACGCCAAACGAUAGCAACAACCCGGUGAGCACGAACAAACCUUGGACGGAGGGCGUUUUACUACUUCGGGACCAGGCUAUUGAAAGUGGGAGCGCACUUAUUUUAGAUGAUUCUUGUUUGGAUGCUGACAUUGUAUAUAAAAGGGCAGUUGAUCUAGCCAUGUCUGCACCUCCUGGGCCUGUGUUUAGAUAUCCACACAAAAAAUUGGCAGAUCAGCCUACCAGCAAGCAAGAAACUGGUGAUUUAGAGGCCAAAGAAAGAACAAAACCCAUUCUUGGACCAAAGAAAGAGAAAGAAAAGGGUAUAGUUUUGGUUCAGAGGGUAACUGAGAGGAAAGUUUUGAGAAAAGAUAGGAUAGUGAAAGGUAGUAGAGAAGACAAUUUAAAUUCUGGGCUGAGAGUAGAUGAACUUGCUAAAUUACUAGGCUAGGCUUCCCGGAGUGAUUCUUGAUCACUUUCUGGAAUUUAGUAGAUAAUUUUGUAUUUAUUUUUCUGGUAUUUUUGUAACAAAUAAUUGUUUAUAUUUCUAUUUUUGUAACGAAAUUUCUUCAAGGUGACAUACUUCAAGACCA